UUAAAAUAAAAAAGAAAAAUCUCAAGACAAAAAGAGUCCGGUGGACCGCGUUAACGCGGCCACCGGAUACUUUCUCCUCGAACGAUCUCCUUCACCGCCCAAUUGCAGUUGAUGCUGGCUGUCGCAACCUAAGCCUUUUCCUUCGCAAAAUUUACUUGAAGCAGUCGGUGGCGUCUCUCUAAGUGGAAAAGAGUAAUAAGCAUUUAACGUGAUGACCUCCCAGAGGGGUGUGUUCGAAGUUGCAGGUCCUGUACAUUUGACAUCCGUGGAUUGGACAUGCCCACAUCACUGUAGAUCUGUAGCAGCCAGUUUAGUUCAGGGUGCAUAUGUUCUAGAACGAGAUCGACAAAUAAAUCGUCACGGGCAUGAAGCCCGUGCUCCUUCGUGGUGGAACUUCUUCCAUUUUGAACUAAUAGAACAGCUCAUAGACACCGCUGAUUCCUCUAUCUUUGGCGCCAUUUACCAAUUCAAACCACCCACAAACACCACCCUCUCUUCAAAUGCCCCCGGAUAUGUCAUCGCAUUUCGAGGUACAAUCACCAAGAAAGGAUCUCGCUAUCAAGAUCUCAAACUGGACCUCCGAUUCCUUAACCACGGUCUCCAGAGAACAUCAAGGUUUGAAAUCGCAAUGCAAGCAGUUCAAAACUUAGUAUCUCAUGUCGGAGGAGAUACAAAUAUUUGGCUAGCUGGGCACUCUUUAGGUUCAGCCAUAGCACUGCUCGCAGGCAAAAGCAUGGUCAAAUCUGGUGUUCUUCUCGAAACAUAUCUUUUCAAUCCACCAUUCGUUUCUGCACCAAUCGAGAAGAUCAAGAGCGAGAGAGUGAAAAAUGGGAUGAGAAUCGCUGGAAGCUAUUUCACUGCUAAGGUUGCUGCUUCUGUUAAAGGCCAACGAGUUAAGUCGGAGGAGUAUUUUGCGAUUUUAUCUUCAUGGGUACCAUAUAUUUUUGUGAAUAAAGAGGAUAAUAUUUGUUCGGGGUAUGUUGGGUAUUUUGAGAAUAGGAAAAAGAUGGAGGAUAGGGGAGCUGGUGAAAUCGGGAGGUUGGCGACGCAGAAUUCUGUGAGGGACGUUUUGUUGAGUGCCAUUGGAAAAGAGUGCGAGCCUCUGCAUAUUCUGCCGUCAGCUAGAGUGACUGUGAAUUUGAGCGGGACGUCGGAUUUUAAGACUGCCCACGGUAUUCAUCAAUGGUGGAGGACUGAUGCACAUUUGCAGUCUCAGGAGUACUUCUUUAGAUGAUGGGGAGAAGAGAGAGCUCUUUUCGCUGUAAGCUUUGCACCUCUACAAUUUCUUUUGUUUUGAUCAAGAUAUAUUUAAGAAAUGUUACUUUCUUUUCCUUCUGGAUAUUUUUUCCCUUUGAUCUUUAACAAAUAUAGGUUAUAUUGUUCUACUUGCUUUGAGAGGUUUACGAGAAAGGGAUCGUUGGAAUUCUCCGGAAAGGUUUACCUCAUUCUGUAAUUUUUGCUGUUAAAGAGUUAGGAAUUAAUAAUGAAACUAUUACACACUAAGAAACAAAAAUAGUUGGUGAUUUCAAGGGAGAUUUUGAGGUUGAAAGGCUGGCAGUUUUGAGCUAACACUAGACGGAAGCUUGAUUAAAGUGAAAACAUUUUAGUUGAGGCGUGAUGAGAGAAGAGAAAGCUAAGAUUGAAUUUUAAGGACUUUUUUUUUGUUAGACUGCAUCACAGUGAAGAGAGAAUUUUGUUUGAAGGUUUAAGUUUUAUCGUUAGCUCGCUCAUUAAGGACAAAUGAAGCCCAACGAUUUCACUCUUGAAGCUGUGUCUUGUAACUGUAGAUCACGUAUAGAGUCUGCGUUUUGAUUUGUUAAUGACUGUUUUAUGUAAUCAUUUGCUGGAAUGACGGGAAAUCCCCUGAGGUUUUGAUAGUUUCACUUAUCCCCUUAUUCUCAAUUUCUAGUCAAAUAAUCGUCACUUUUUUAUGUACUCAUGAAAUUUUGACAUAAUAGUCAUAUAUAUGUUUAUGUAGGAGUACAUAUAAUUGUCAUAUUCUAUGAUCAUAAUUGUCAUAUCUAUAUAUUUUUAAAUAUCUUUUCUCCUUGUAAAAAUUUAUGCUUGCAUAAGUCGUGCAAUUUGUUCACAGCUUCAAUUUGCUUGACAAUAAGCAGAACUGCUCCAACAAUAGGGGUAAUAAAUCGUAACUAUACCCG